GAUCGAGGAACGCAAUCAUCCACAGAAAAUUCGUGGAGACUUUGGCGUUGAUUACGGAAGAUUGGAAUGAUUGCGCUAAAAGUGACAUCAGCGAGCGUAUGGCGACAUGCAAAGCAAGAAUAUCAGAUCGCAUCACUCAUGUGAUUCUUGUAAGUCACACAAUGACCUGCGUUGCGUAUUGUAUGGGAGUGAUUAUCGCCGAUGCCGAUAUUACUGAUGAAACGAUAGACGAGGUGCCUCUUGUCAACAAAUUAGAGCUUCCUUUCAGCGUUAACACGCGGAAUACGUAUAGACUUGUAUUAAUUACGGAGUUGAUACAUAUGACAUUUUGUAAUCUGGCAGCUGGCGCGGUGAAUGCCAUACUUUUGGCUAUGGUUCUACAUAUAGGUGGUCAAAUAGAUAUCCUGCAAUACUGGUUGGCACAGCUCACACCUGAAGAAAUGGAAAAUAAACAAUUGUCAGUUGUUAUUGCAACACAAAAAAUUAUUUUAAAGCAUCAAAAAAUUAUACAAUUUUCAGAAAAUAUCGAAAGCCUAUAUACGCAAAUUGCAUUAAUGUUAUUCGCAUCAAACACAAUGAUGAUUUGUUCGUUGGGAUUUCUCAUUGUAACUGCAAUUGGUACACCUGAUGCCAUGGAACAAAUUAUAAAGUCUAUUUUAUUCUUCGCGACGACGAAUAUGGAAGCAUUCUUAUUUUGUUAUGCCGGAGAAUAUUUGAACAACAAGAGCAAAGAAGUCGGAUUUGCAAUAUAUAAUUGCCCAUGGUACAAUUUAAAACCUAAAGACAGUCGUAUAUUGUUAUUCAUAAUAUUAAGAUCCCAGAGACAAUUGGCGCUAACAGCGGGCAAAAUAAUGGAUUUAACUUUACAAUCAUUUGCGAGUAUCAUGAAUGCUUCGGGAUCCUACCUGACAGUGCUAUUAGCGAUGCAAUAAACAUUUAUCUCACCAACUUCACCUUAGUAACUUUUAGUCAAUAGUCGUGAAGCAUGUAUAGAGGUAGUAUGUAAAUAUGUCUUCACUAGUUACACUAACACAUUGUAACAUUUCGUAUUUUUCCGAACAUAUUUUAUGAGAUAAAGAGAUAAUAAAAACAUAAAAUAUAACAUAAAGCUGUAAUAA